UCUUUGUGUGGUCAUGGUUUUAAUCAUAAUGUAAAAUGUUCAUUUUCAAAAAGUUUAUAAUUAAUGCAGAUGAGUAUCCAUCAAGGAACUCCACAGAAUGUACAUUUGUUACGGGGCCUCCAUGUUCAGCCUCUUGUCCACAACUGCUUUAACUUCAAACUGCCACUAGGUGGCAGAACACUAAUGCAUGAUGUAGCGGAGAUUGAAACCAAGGUGGUACAGCCAGGGAACUUAGUGACAUGGAUGAUGGCCUUAUUAAUAUUUAAUAUGACCUUGUUAUUGAACAUUUCUGAACGUGUUAUGUUUAUAAUGGAACGAAAACUAACCCCAUAGCCUGAAUGAAGAGGGGUCAACUGGACUGUAUGAACAACCAGGAGAGAAACAUUUAAUCCAAACUCAAGACACAAAAAUUCAUGACUUGUCAUGAUUAUGUGUUGGGAGAGCAGGGAAUAUAACUGACCUUACUAACACAUGACAACUCUGAUCUACUUGUCAACGGUGCUUGUGGCUAUGUUCAUCUCUGCUAUCCAGGUUCCAUGCAUCAACUGCUGAAGUCCAACAGAGAAAUCUGAGGAAUUUCGAAGUGUUCAAAAUAACGGUUUAGCACAAAACUAGCUUAAUUUGUCUGUCAAUGGGCAAUAAAGGGUUGAGUCUAGCAUGUAAUAGAGGCACCGCCAGGAAUUUUGGACCCUAUGAAAAAAGCAUUUCUAUAAAUUUUUCAAUUUUUGGGGCCCCUGUCAGUCGGGGGCCCUAAGAAUCGUCCUAACUUUUCCCCCCUAAACGGCGCCCCUGAAUACAGGCCUGGUCAGCACAUGUCUAGGAUGAGUGCUGUGUGCUGUCCGUUGGAAUAACAUUUCAUUCAUCGUUUUUGUCUCCAGUAAAAUAUCCCCGUGAUACAAGCCCAAACCAACUGAAACAUUUAUUGGGUCUCAGCCAACGACGAGAGGGGAUUUGCUUUGUGAGAUAUGGGAGGUUACUCCGUACAUAUCCGGUCAACAUGACAUUGUAUGUACUCCAUCAAAUAUUUACAACCAUGGUGGUUCCAAUAUCAGUCUCCUGGGCCCUCUUCACUGUCCCAACAAGCAAAGGAGUCGAACACAUUUUUUUUUAAUGGGAAUGAUACGUGCUUUGCAAGUAUGUGUAUGUGCGUGUUGGUGAGUUAAUGUUAUGUUUGUAUAGGGUAAUAGUACAGGAUGUAGACUGAGCAAAAACUGCCGCCAUUCGUAGACAAGUGAAUAGGCCUGCCCACUGACAGGAUUUAGCCUUUAUGUAAGAAUGAGAAUGAUGGAUUGACAGAUGGAAGUGCUAUUACGUAGCGUGGCCGAUGUUGAGAAUUUUCAGAGACUCUUACUUUGGCGGAUGUUGGUAGACAGUCGAUAAACUACUCAGAGAACGCGUGUCAAAAUCCAACGUAAAAUACAUCCAUAUAGAUAACAGCUGGUGAGGAAAAAACGUGGAUUAGUGAAGGGUCUGGAGAGCUUGAGAGCAAUAAAGAGCGCAUGAGAGUUCACCAAGAGAGACGCGCAAAUAGAAUGCAGCAUUUUACGUUUUCGCUUGAGAUGAACAGCAGGUAUUUAAAGCACAUUCCGAGACCAGGGAUUAGAAUCAAAACGAAUUCUACCACCAACAACAUCUGCACUCUCCUUGAUUAAUCCUGCUAUCUGCGUAUGAACUGCACCUCGAUGGGCUGGACACAUUUAACCCCUGGGAAUAUGCUCUUCGCGGGUGUGCUGCUGGUCGCGCUGUCACGGUUGGACUGUUCUAACGCGUGCCCGCCUCAAUGCCUCUGUUAUGAGCACUCGGACCUGGUGGACUGCCGGGCAAGGGGGUUCUUGCGCGUGCCCCACAACCUGCCCCAUGGCACGUGGCUCCUGGAUUUUGGAGGCAACUUGCUGACAGAUGUGAGGACGCAUGCCUUUGCGGGUCUUUGGUCUCUGCGCGUCCUCGUGCUCUCAGACAGUGGCAUCCAACAUCUCCAGCGCCAGGCGUUCUUCUCCCUCUCCUACUUGGAGAAGCUGGACAUGAGCCGCAACCUCCUCCGCCGGCUCCCUCACGACUUCUCCGACAGCCUGACCGCCCUCCGCGAGCUCCGCCUGGACCACAACACCCUGCUGCAGCUGGACCCCUCCAGCCUGGGCAGCUUGGAGAACCUGGAGAAGCUGGACCUCAGCCACAACCUGCUGGCCUCCCUGGAGCCCGGAGCCUUCAGGGGCCUCUCCCGCCUGCGCCACCUCUACCUGCAGGCCAACCGCCUGGCCUCCCUCCAGCAGGGCUCCCUGGCCAUGCUCCCCAGCCUGGAGAUCCUCCAGCUGGGCCAAAACAACAUCUCCCACAUCGACACGGAGGCCCUCACCCCCCUCCAGAGCCUGUCCGUGCUGGGCCUGGAGGGCAACGCUCUCCGCCACCUCAAGUUCAAGACCCUCCUGGGCCUGCACACGGCUGCCACCCACCUCCAGCUGGCGGGGAACCCCUGGAGCUGCGACUGCGACCUCCACCGCGUCUUCGGCAAGAUCCUGAGCGUGCGCCACCUCCACGUGGACGACUACCGCAACGUGACGUGCCGCGAGCCGCCUCAGCUGGCGGUCAUCACGGUCACCGUCCUGGUGACGGUGGUGGCGGCACUGGUCAUGGCGGAACGCACGCAGAAGAAGAACCAGGGGAAGAGUUGGGGAGGAGAGUCGGACUCUCCUCCCCAACUCUCCUCCCCGAGGACUGAGGGCGGGCUGGCGGGGAUGUGA